AUGCCGCAGUUGGCCGAGGCGAUCAACAGGGAAGAUGACUGGACUGGGACCAAAGAUCCAGCAGCACGCAGACGGGCGCAGACUAGACUCAACACCAGGGCGUACCGCAAACGCAAAGCUCUAGCAAAAAAAGCCGAAGAACUCAACCCUCCAACAACUGGCACGCUGGUCAAAUCAGAAGCGCUAAUCGAAUGCUGGGACAUCGAGAAGCAAUCCAUCUCUGUCGUCUCUGCCACCCGUGCGAAGAAAUUAUACAAUGCGAGGGAUCCCUUGUUGCGAGGAAAAUCUAAAAAUGAGCGGAAUACCUUUGUCUUCCCCCUUUGCGCGGACCACCUCAUUACGCUCCUUCAGUUCAACGCCCUCCGAGCCAUGGCCACCAACCGUACUAUAGUCACAGGCAAAAUCGUCACCCCACUUGACUGUGAAGAGGAAAUUGUUCAUCUCACACCCUACCCCACUGAUACCGAGAGCUUUCCUUCAUCGCUUCUACCUACUGCUCUUCAACAAACGGUGCCACAUGGUAACUGGAUUGAUAUCUGGCCGAGUCCUGAAGGACGCGAUCGUCUCAUCCGGGCCACCGGCACUUUUAACGAAGACGAUCUAUGGGAAGACUGCGUCGGUGGGCUGUAUGAGGGGUUCCCCGACGAUGAAAUCACGCGGCGCGGUGUGAUUGCGUGGUCACCACCCUGGGAUAUCACGGGAUGGGAGAUGUCAGAAGGGUUUCUGACGAAAUGGGGGUGGCUGGUUGCUGGACUACCGGGAGCUUCUCCCAACAGCAAUUUCAAUCCACUCAUCAUCGUGGAUAUCGACGACCGUCUUGUUCCAUUUGCGAGCCGCGACAUCCCGCCGCGACAGAAUGUCGAUCUCACAGAAGGAUCUGUGCUUCAUCUCUGGAAUCCAGAGCCAAGACAUGGCGGUGCAGAUAAUCGCAGUACCAGCCCAGAUCUAGCCGCUCCUGUCGCCCAAGUUCCGCUUAUCAGUGUUAAGCAUGUAGCUGGAAAGGAAGAUACAAGGGAUAUUGACCGAGUAGUAGCUCAAGAACAGGAAGCUGGAGCACCGGUUGGCAAAAGAGAGGCAGCACCUCUCUCAGCAACUUGA